ACAGAUAGAUGAAAGCUCCUCCCCCCAGUACAAAGACUCAUUCGACAGGAACCAUGAAGACAGUUACUCCUGUUCUGUAAAAGGUCAUGAGGAUCUCCACUCUCCUUCAGUGUGUCUUGUAAGUCAGACCUGCAACAGAGUUACUUACACCAAGAGGAGAAUCUGUGUCUUGAAGGGCUCAUCAGUGGACAUAUCCUGUACUUUUGCUGGUCAAUAUCCUGUCACAACAUCACUGUGGUUUAGUCCUAAACAGAGUGGUAGGUGGAGGGAUACGUUGAUCCCUGAGGACCUAACCACAGACCCAGGGUAUGCAGGUCGGGUGGAGUAUCCUGACCAAGGGCGUAGAAGAUACAGCGGUACAUCCACCCUGAGAAUCACAGACUUGAGAGAGGAGGACUCAGCUGAGUAUCGAUUCACUUUUAAAACAGACUACUUUGAAUGGGGUCAUAGUCUCCCUGGAACUACUCUGACUGUCACAGAUAUACAGGUGAAAGUGACUCCUGCUACAGUGACUGAGGGACAGAAUGUAACACUGACCUGUAUCACAUCCUGUCCUCUGACUGGUAACACCACCUACAUCUGGUACAAGAACGGACUACUGAUAGAUGAGAGCUCCUCCCCCCAGUACAAAGACUCAGUCACCAGUAACUAUAGAGACAGUUACUCCUGUUCUGUUAAAGGUCAUGAGGAUCUCCACUCUCCUACAGUGUGUGUUCAGGAUCAGUACUGUAACAGAGUGAUUUACACCAUGAGGAGAAUCUGUGUCUUGAAGGGGUCAUCAGUGGACAUAUCCUGUACUUAUGUUGGUCGUUAUUAUGUCACAUCACCACUGUGGUUUAGUCCUAAACAGAGUGGUAGGUGGAGGGAUAAGUUGAUCCCUGAGGACAUAUCCACAGACCCAGGGUAUGCAGGUCGGGUGGAGUAUCCUGACCAAGAGAGUAGAAGAUCAAGAGGUCCCUUCACCCUGAGAAUCACAGAUCUGAGAGAGGAGGACUCAGCUGAGUAUCGCUUCACUUUUAAAACAGACAACUUUGAAUGGGGUCAUAGUUUCCCUGGAACUACUCUGACUGUCACAGAUAUACAGGUGAAAGUGACUCCUGCUACAGUGACUGAGGGACAGAAUGUAACACUGACCUGUAUCACAUCCUGUCCUCUGACUGGUAACACCACCUACAUCUGGUACAAGAACGGACAACAGAUAGAUGAGAGCUCCUCCCCCCAGUACAAAGACUCAGUCACCAGUAACUAUGAUGACAGUUACUCCUGUUCUGUUAAAGGUCAUGAGGAUCUCCACUCUUCUACAGUGUGCGUUCAGGGUCAGACCUGUAGAAGAGUGACUUACAACAAGAGGAGAAUCUGUGUCUUGAAGGGGUCAUCAGUGGACAUAUCCUGUACUUAUGUUGGUGGUAAUUCUGUCACAUCAUCACUGUGGUUUAGUCCUAAACAAAGUGGUUGGUGGAGGGAUGAGUUGAUCCCUGAGGACCUAACCACAGACCCAGAGUAUGCAGGUCGGGUGGAGUUUUCUGACCAAGAGAGUAGAAGAUUCAGCGGUACCUCCAUCCUGAGAAUCACAGAUCUGAGAGAUGAGGACUCAGCUGAGUAUCGCUUCACUUUUAAAACAAACACAUUUGAUUUGGGUCAUGGAUUCCCUGGAACAACUCUGACUGUCACAGGUCUUCAGGUGGAGGUGAGUCCUGAAGGGUGGUCAUACUGGAAGACACUGACCUGUAUCACAUCCUGUCAUCUGACUGGUAACCCCACCUACAUCUGGUACAAGAACGGACUACAGAUAGAUGAGAGCUCCUUCCCCCAGUACAAAGACCCAGUGCCCUUUAACUUUGAAGACAGUUACUCCUGUUCUGUUAAAGGUCAUGAGGAUCUCCAAUCUCCUACAGUGUGUGUUAUGGGUCAGUACUGUAACAGAGUGAUUUACACCCAGAGGAGAAUUUGUGUCUUGAAGGGGUCAUCAGUGGACAUAUCCUGUACUUAUGUUGGUCGUAACAAUGUCACAUCACCACUGUGGUUUAGUCCUAAACAGAGUGGUAGGUGGAGGGAUAAGUUGAUCCCUGAGGACCUAAUCACAGACCCAAGGUAUGCAGGUCGGGUGGAGUAUCCUGACCAAGAGAGUAGGAGAUACAGAGGUCCCUUCACCCUGAGAAUCACAGAUCUGAGAGAAGAGGACUCAGCUGAGUAUCGCUUCACAUUUAAAACAUACAACGUAGAAUGGAGUCAUAGCCUCCCUGGAACCACUCUGACUGUCACAGAUGUACAGGUGAAGAUGAGUCCUGCUACAGUGACUAAGGGACAAAAUGUAACACUCACCUGUAUCACAUCCUGUCCUCUGACUGGUAACACCACCUACAUCUGGUACAAGAAGACUGUAACCUCACCAAAAGCAUCAGGACAGAGUUACAGCAUCACUAAUAUCACAUCUGAGGACAGUGGAGAAUAUUAUUGUGAGGUCAGGAAUGGGAGAGGAUCUAAGAACUCUUCAGUUCUGAUGGUCAAUGUUGCAGGGACUAGAUCUGUAGGAAUCAAAAUUGUUGUUCUGGUUCUCAUUCUCUGUCUCUCUGGAUUCAUUUGGUUCAGGAGGAAGAAUGCUUCCAUAUCCACCUCGUCUGACAACAGAAGCACCAGAGACACUGAAGACAAGGAACAGAGUGUCCAUCCUGAUCCUAACAGUGACAUGUACACAACUCUGAACAUGAGGAACAGAUCCCCUGAAUAUGAUACUCUGGAUAGUGUCCAUCCUGAUACUAACAGUGACAUGUACUCAUCUCUGAACAUGAGGACCAGGUCACCUGACUAUGACACCCUGGUAAAUGCGAGACUCCUCUGUGACACAAACACCCAGAUACACACUGAGACUUCUGUUUACGAGAACUGUAGAGAACCACCACAGAACCUGGACUGAAGAGAACCACAACAGAACCUGGACUGAAGUGAACCACCACAGAACUGGCAUCAUAUUCAACGCUAGUUUUAACAUCUCUAUUCAAUUUCAAUAAUUAUCCUACCCUAUAUUGAAAAUGUCCAGAUGAUAAGCUUGACUUAAAUGUGGAGGUGAUGAUAAUGAUGUAUAUUUUGAUUUUAACUGCGCGAGAGGUUAAGAGCAUGGUUUGGCCUACUGAUUACUGAUGAUAUGAGACUUUUGGUAACAGGAGGUAAUGAUGGAGAUGACCUUCAUGUAGGUUCUGAUGGUGCCAAGUACUUAUAUGUCAUGAAUCAGAGUGAGAAUAACCAUGCUGUGUGAGGUUAUAAGCACUGUCCAAAGUUUUUCCUCAUUGUGUGCAUUUAAGUGGUUUGCAAGUGGUUUGCAACUAACGUACACAUAGAAACACCACAUAUUCCACCAGAUGCAGAAUUAACACAUAGUUACACAAUUGUUCUCUUGUGAUGUGCUUGUUGGUACAGCAAAUGAAAAACUGUCUCAUGUCAUCGCUCGUGUAAAUUGGUUUCAAAAACAUGCAAAUCAAUAUAAUUUCAAGCCCCCAGUAUAGGUUUGGGGUACAGUGCUGGAAUCAGGAUCAGAGGGCCAGUUUAUUCCAGUUCAGUGGUCAGGGGCCCCAUUUAUUCCUGUUCAGGGGUCAGAGGCCCAGCUUAUUCCAGUUCAAAGCGCAUA